AUGUCUGGGCCAGAUGCUAUAGAUGACAUCUUGCUAAUUCUGGAGUGUCUUGUACUCUUUAUGAACUUGUGUGAGCGAGGGUAUAAGGCCUACAAGGCCUACAAAGCCAGGAAGGAAGAGAAGCAAAGGAUGAAGGCUUGGAUGGCGUGGAAUGGGGACAGCUUGGACAACAGUAGUCCGCGGAUGGGUUGGGAAGCAAACUCUUGCCGGAUGUCACAUCUCCACCAUCAAAAUGGGCAAGGAGAUUGA